AUGAAGCUAAUUAAGUGGAAGAAUAUGGGAGAGAAGGGCCUUGUGGCUAGACCGGCCAUAACGAAGAGGUCAAAACUAGAGGUGAAAGGAGCCCCCAAGGAUUGGGAUGAAAGUACUCUAGAUAGGGUCAUGUGGGAAAAAUUAGACCAGGGAGGCCUGAAGAGAUCUGGCCAAGAGAGGAGCAGGGAGUGGGUCAGGCCUUGUUUUUCAACGGCUGACAGGUGUGACCUUAAGAAAUGGGUGAUAGAGGUUCACCCCACAGCAAGAGAAAUCGUUAGAGGGGAGAAGAUUAAAGGAGGGUGGUGGACCCUAGAUGUCUGUGACUAUCCCAGGUAGAUAGAUGUCCCCCACUGCCUAAAAUGCUUGGCCUACAGACAUAUGAAGGCCAAGUGCGAAAAACCAAUUGCAUGCAAAUGGAGAGGGAUAUAAGACGGCGGA